UACUUUAUAAGGUAUUAUUUGCAUCAUUCUUAUAGCUACACUUACCAAAAUACUGGAUAUAGUUGUGGACAACUUUGAGCUUGUUUAUUGUCUAUAGUAAUUAAACAUUAAAGAAUAUAGGAUAUUGCACUAUUGACCAUCUUUAACUUUAUCACAAUUUUAUCUUGAUAGCAAAGAUAGUUGUGCAACCAUACAACCAUGACAUGUCAAAACAAACUUGGUGAAUUAUUACUUAGCAUUGUGCAACCAGUGUAGAGCCCUCAUAUUUUAAAGUACCUACUCUUGCCACUCAAAGACUUUGUUUACAAAUCCAUCUUAUAAAUAUUGGAAUAUUCCUUAUAAAACUACCCUACACUGAAUACUUAAAUUGCUACUGCACGGUAAAAAGGCAAUAUUAUCAAUAAUGUUCAAUAUAUAACUGCUUCAACUGUAAAUAAAAUUUUAAAUUUGGUGGUGCCCUGCCUAAAACUUCCUACAUAUUCAAAAUCUACCUUACGAUAGUUAUCCAGUUUGAGAUUUUUAGCUCAGUGUCUGUGGUUAUAAAUAUUUACAUAUUUUUAAAAGUUGUGUGGAACUUACAAUAAAUUCCCAGCUGGAAAUUAUGUUUUUUUGAAAACCUUUAUAAUUUAAUUGCUAUGUUAAAAUCCGUUCAGUGAAACAGAGUAACUAUCGCUCUUAUAAUGGUUGUGGUUCUUUGUAAAAGGGUGAAAUUGAAGACAUGAAUUCCCGAAGUUUAUUUCAAGAGUUCAAUCCUAGCAAAUUUAUGCUCUUUUUCCUUCUGAUUUGGUUUUCUGUUCUUCUAUCAUUACGUCUCGAUGGUUCAAUAACCUGGAGUUAUUGGGCAGUAUUCUUACCAAUAUGGUUAUGGAAACUUAUUACUCUUAUUGCUGGAGUUUCUGGAAUUGUUGUUUGGUUAAACAAUCCUCAAUACAGGCAAGAUGGAGAUGGAGAUGUUGAAUUUAAAGCAAUGAUUUUAUCUUUUAUAAUCCAUAUUUUGUUAAUGUUUUCUGAAAUCCUACUGUGUAAUAAUAUUCAUGAAGCAAUGUACAGAUGGACUUGGGCAUUUACACCAAUAUACAUAAUUUCACCACUAUCUGUAAUAUUUUGUGUUUGGGGACUAAGAAAUGAUCGCUCAGUUGAGUUUGAGAUGUUUUUUGCCGUAAAUAUUCUACAGUUCAUUUUCCUUUCUCUGAAACUGGACAAUGUUGUCAAUUGGUCAUGGGCGGUAGUAUUUGUUCCCACAUGGAUUGUCAUGUCUUUUUUGUGUUUAUUGGUUGUGUAUUACAUCAUUUGGUCUUUGCUAUUUCUAAGAUCUGAUAUUGUAUCUUCCGCUCAAAAACAAAAUCAUUUAACAAUGGUGACAAUUUCAUUGGCUGUUGUCAUACCUUUGUUAGUUUUUGAGAUUUUAUUGGUAAAUCGACUGGAUGGAUCAAGUGAGAAAUCUUUUGCACAAAUUAUGAUUCCUCUUCAGAUUGCAUUGUUCACAUUGUUAGCAACUUCGUUUUGUAAUAGAGGUGGAAAUCACUGGUGGUUUGGUAUUCGAAAGGAUUUUUGUGAAUAUCUUCUUGGAUUGCUGCCAUGUUUAAAGGAAUAUGGAAAUACUUCCUACAAAUUUCCAGAAAGUUUUUUUACUGAAGUUGUUACAGAAGAAUUGAUAAAUGAAAAACGAUCAUCAAUUAAUAUAAACAAAUCAAGAGAAGCUCCGUGCAUUGUUCACAUAGAUGUGCCUGAUUAAACUUUUUUAAAUUCUACCAACAAUGCAUUAUGGAGAAGUUACCUGGAAAUUUUAAUGUUCUUUAUGUUAAAACUUUGUUGUACAAAAUUAAAUUUACUUGUCUUAGAAA